AUGUUGGCCACGAGACUUGCUAAGCAAUUCUCCACCACAUCGAUAAGAUCCCAGGUCAUUGGUUCCAAUGUCAAGGGUCAAGAUUUCAACGCUGCAAAGCUCAUGGGUCAAAAGUACCAUGUUGUCGACCACGAGUAUGACUGUCUUGUUGUCGGUGCCGGUGGUGCUGGUUUGAGAGCAGCUUUUGGUUUGGCCUCUGAAGGUUACAAGACCGCAUGUGUCUCAAAGUUGUUCCCCACCAGAUCCCACACUGUUGCUGCUCAAGGUGGUAUCAAUGCCGCUUUGGGUAACAUGCACAAGGAUGACUGGCACUGGCAUUUCUACGAUACUGUGAAAGGUUCAGAUUGGUUGGGUGAUCAAGAUGCCAUUCACUACAUGACCAAAGAAGCUCCUGCCUCGAUUUACGAGUUGGAGAACUAUGGUGUUCCAUUCUCAAGAAACGAAGAAGGAAGAAUCUACCAAAGAGCAUUUGGUGGUCAAUCCAAGGAGUUUGGUAAAGGUGGUCAAGCUUAUAGAACAUGUGCUGUUGCCGACAGAACCGGUCACGCAUUGUUGCACUCCCUUUACGGUCAAUCAUUGAGACACGAUUGUCACUUUUUCAUUGAGUUCUUUGCCAUGGACUUGAUGAUGCAAGAUGGUGCUUGUAUUGGUAUCGUUGCAUACAAUGAAGAAGAUGGUACUUUGCACAGAUUCUUUGCCAACAGAACCGUUAUUGCCACUGGUGGAUACGGUAGAGCCUACUUUUCAUGUACCUCUGCACACACAUGUACCGGUGAUGGUUACGCCAUGGUUUCUAGAGCUGGUUUGCCAUUGGAAGAUUUGGAAUUUGUCCAAUUCCACCCAUCUGGUAUUUAUGGUUCUGGAUGUCUUAUUACUGAAGGUGCUAGAGGUGAAGGUGGUUUCUUGGUUAACUCUGAAGGUGAGAGAUUUAUGGAACGUUAUGCUCCAUCGGCCAAGGAUUUGGCUUCAAGAGAUGUUGUCUCAAGAGCCAUCACCAUGGAAAUCAACGAAGGUAGAGGUGUUGGUCCAGAAAAAGACCACAUGUACUUGCAAUUGUCUCACAUUCCAGCCGCUGUGUUGAAGGAAAGAUUGCCAGGUAUCUCUGAGACUGCUCACAUUUUCGCUGGUGUUGAUGUCACCAAAGAGCCAAUUCCAAUCUUGCCAACCGUGCACUACAAUAUGGGUGGUAUCCCAACCAACUGGCAAGGUGAAGUGUUGAAGAAGAAUGCUGAUGGUCAAGAUGAAGUUGUACCAGGUCUUUUGGCUUGUGGUGAAGCUGCUUGUGCUUCUGUCCACGGUGCCAACAGAUUGGGUGCCAACUCCUUGUUGGACUUGGUUGUGUUUGGAAGAGCUGUUUCCCACACCAUUGCCGGUAACUUGAAACCAGGUCAACCAAUCCCACAACACGAAAAGGAUAUUGGUUACGAAUCGAUUGCUAACUUGGACAAGUUGAGAAACGCUAACGGAACCAAGUCAACUGCUGAUAUUAGAUUGGACAUGCAAAAGACUAUGCAAAAGGGAUGUGCUGUUUUCAGAACUCAAGAGACUUUGGACCAAUGUGUUGAACACAUUGGACAAGUUGAUGCUGAUUUCGCCAAUGUCAAGACCACUGACCGUUCAAUGAUUUGGAACAGUGAUUUGGUUGAGACUUUGGAAUUGCAAAACUUGUUGACUUGUGCUACCCAGACUGCUGCCUCUGCUGCUGCUAGAAAGGAGUCUAGAGGUGCCCACGCUAGAGACGAUUACCCAGACAGAGACGAUGUAAACUGGAGAAAGCACACUUUGUCAUACCAAGACGGAUUUGGAGCACCAGUCAGGUUGGACUACAGAGAUGUUGUUAAGCACACUUUGGACGACAAUGACUGUAAACCAGUGCCACCAGCAAAGCGUGUGUACUAG